UACCCGUCGAGUGAACCAAGCGGUACUAUUAGGUGAGAAACAGUCAAACCGUGAACACUAAAUCGCGCGAACCAAUCGAACGGACGCUCCUCCAGCUAGAAGUUAUUUCACAACGUCGCUCAAUAGUUUGUGUUUGGAGAAAGAAGAAAGUUUGCACAAGUUAUCUGCCUGUUUGGGAUACUCGAGUGCAGGGCAGAUCAAACAAAACCCGACGACACCUUACCGCAAGGUGCAAUCGCUUCCGGAAUCGUCAACCCUGGCUAAGUUCUGUUACGGAUCAUAUUACGGACCGUCAAAAAUGGUAGUUGCUAAAGGAUCAGAUUCGCUUAAAAUGAUCAGCAAAGCUGGCUUCAAAACGGUUGGGAUCGGACAGAACGUCCGAUCGACCCUGGUGAAGGCUCGCGAUGAAGCGCGAGUCGUGGUGGGCAUUGCCAACGCCAUCCGAAGCCUUACGGAAAAUCCCUCUAAUUUCCUGUUCUGCUUCGUUGCUCCACCAAAGCAGCACGACAGUGCCGCUCACAUGCAGGAGGUUCUGCUGGAAGCAUUCUGCUUCGAGAACGACAUCUACAUCAUCAAAGUAGACAACGCGGAUAAACUCAGCCGCCUACUGGGUUCCUCCGACUUGGCCGGCUGCGCUUUGGUGAGCAAGCCUCAUUCCAGCAGCGAUACAGAGGAGGAAUUCUCCCGCAGCGAAAACAUUCUAAUCGACCACUGCGAACUGUAUUGGGAUGAGCCUGUUAAACCCGUCAUCAAGUUACCAGAGAAGUGAACGCAACGUGACUCCACUAUUUGAACAGCGAUAAGCAUUUUUCUACGAAUGUGAAACUAAAGAAAAAGGGAAGCACUUUUGAGCCCACUUGUGAUAACAGAACAAAAGUGUGCAACCUGUGUAUAGAGUGUAAAGAUAGCCGGAUGUCGGAAAUGCGAUGGCAUCUGGUGUCCAGUGUAUAAUUGUGACAGACGUUCAGAGUAGAAUCCAGUUAUGGCGGUAUAUAAGAUAUAGGCACUUGAAGGUGCGAUACUCAUAGAUACUUAUCAAUAGUGAUUGAUAAGAGGAUCAAUCAGCCAAUACAUUCAGAACAUUGUCAGUGAUUUAUUUCUACAUGUACUACUACAGCUAUCCUAAUGGGUUUAGUUAUCUCAUUAAGUUCUAAUCAAAUAUUAUCGUACGGUUUUAUCGUACAGCAGAUGUAAUAAAACAAACUGAUGAUUAAAACUGAAAAAAAAA